CAGGAGAGAGGCUGGAUGGAAGAGGGGAGGGAGGAGAGGGAUCUCCAAAGGAUCCCGCCCCCAACUCCUCCCAGCCAGGAAGAGCUUCGUUGCAGAAUUAGGAAGAAACCUCCUCACUUCACUUCCCUCCCCGCCGGGCCUGCCUGCCUCCCUCCUUCCCCAGCCCCGAUCCUCAGCUUGGAAAACAAGGGCCCAGCAGCAAUGGCCACAUCCGGGCCUCUGGACGAGUUGGAAGAGAAGGCAAAAUGUCCCAUCUGCCUGGACUUCCUGUCCAACCCGGUGACCGUCGACUGCGGGCACAACUUCUGCCGCCGCUGCAUCACCGACCACUGCGACAUGAAGGGCGGGGACCACGAGGCCAUCUUGUGUCCCCUCUGCCGGACCCCGUACCGCAAGGAGAACUUCAGAUCCAACAAGCAGCUGGGGAGCCUGGUGGAGAGCAUCCGGGAGCUGUGCCAGCCGCCCACAGUUGGAGAGGAAAGACGUCAGCCCGUGACAGAGGCCUUCCGGCAGAGGCCAGGACGGGGAUCCGGCACGGCCGUAUCUGGCGAGGCUUGGCCAGAGCAAGGCUCCCUGCCCCAGGAAGAUUUACAGACCCUCUUGAGGAUUCUCAGGUCUCCCAGAUCGCGAGAGCAGCAGCAACAGGUGCUUAACAUCCUUCGUUCCAACCCCCACUUGCUGGCGGCUUUCAUCAAGCAGCGAGCCACGAAUUACGCCAGGACCCGGAACCCCCAAGGCCGGCCCGGGCAGCCUGGCACGCCGCAGGGGCAGUCGGGCCUGCGACCGCAACCCAUCAUGCAGAGGCAGCUGGGCCUGCAGCUGCAACCCACCAUGCAGCCCUCCGUCCUCAGCACCCCAGCGCGUGGUCCGCAGAUGGUCCCUUCCCCUGGGAUGCAGCCCCAGGCCUCUCUGCAGCACGUCUCCCUGCAACCCGGCCUGGAGGCCGCCCAGGCCCACCCCAUGGAGCAGGGGCGCUUUGACGGGCCGGACCAGAGUUCGACCCUUUCUCAGCUCGCUAGUUAUCCGGGCCUGGCCAGCCUCCAUGGUACAAGCGCCACAGAACUGGAGCUUGACACCGACAACUCAUACUUGAACCUAAGCCUUUCACAUAGUACACUAGACAUACACUAGAGAUACCUUGUAGAAUUUUGGAGGAAAAAACCCAACCCCCUUUUUUCUCUUAACAAGACUCCGUACUAAAGACAAAUUUUUUAUUAAUCUUUCUUAGCCUAAAAGACAAUUUUCCCCAGAACAAUUCUGAACAGUGCAGCAAUAGCACUGUGGUCAUUAAUUAAUCCAAUUGAAUUUAUUGCGUGCUUACUGUGUGCAAAACACUGUACUAAGCACUGGGGAGAAUAAACUAUAACAGACAGAUUCCUGCCCACAACGAGCUCAUGGUCUAGAGGUCAAAACAAGAAGCAAACAGAAAAUGAACCUGAGGGAUCAUAAAGGACAAAGAAUAUAUUUUUAUGACCAGAAAUGUUUAGUCUUCUCUUUCUGUUUCUUUUUUGUUUUUAGUUUUUUUCCCUCCCUAAUCCUCCCAUGUGCGUGUGUGCCCUAGAGGGGUGGGCCACGGUUAGUCUUUUCUAAUCUCAGUUGCUCCCUCUCUGCACUUCCAAUAGGUUUUAUAAUUGUUUUUAAUCAAUGAAAAUAUAUAGUAUCGAGAUAUUAUUUACCGAGGCAGACGGUGGGCAUUUUCCCCUAUUUUUUUCCUCGUCGUGGCACAAAAAAUAGCAUUCACAGAUGAAUAUGUUUUCGAGGACAUGGGGUAAAUGUUGCUUUAAAAAUACAUUAUCUAUUACAUUAUACAUUAUAUAUACAUAUAUUAAAAUAUCAAUUUUUCCUCUUUGGAUGCAAAGAUGUCAAUUCUCUUAAAGAUGUAAAAAAAUGAAGUGACCCAACCCCCUCCUCAAAUCCACUUUUGUCCUCCAAAAAUUUUCUAUGUGAAGUCGGCAUGUAAACUUCAAGUAUUAAAAUUUGUGUAUGUAGAGAAAAAAAUGACUUUUUCAAAUAUACAGGGGGAAGCUGCCAAAUGGAUGUAGCAUAUAGUGGUUUCUGUUUCUUGAAAUAUUUCUUUUUGUUAUUUUUACAUCUAACAAAGUAAAAAAUAAAAAAGAGGGUAAGAAAUGAGUCCAAUAGGAUGAUUUGAACACACCAAAGUUUUCUUCUUUACCCCAUCCCUUCCUCUUCCACUUUCUGUAAAACUUGAAAAUAGAAAACAAACAAAAAAAAAUCCUCAAAUGUAAAUCAUGCAGUGAGUUGAUUACUAAUAAAUGUAAACUUUCAAUCACU